UCUGAGAGCAAGCAACAUUAUCCACAUCCACAUGGUAGUUGUCACAGUUGUGUGUGACUGCAAGGAAUGGCUUUUGUUCUGAACGUCUCAUUGUGUUCCACUUCUAAACCCAAUCUUCAUCUCUCCAACUCCACCGCCUCCAAAGCUCUUCAUUCUCCUCUCAUUCUGGGACUCAAUAAAAAGCAAAGUUGCCAGGCAUCUCAAAAACUCACAUUUCCAUUAGGGGAAUCCUUGUCAAGUGCUACCCUGGUUGCUCUUCUCUCUGCUUCCUUCAUUUUUGUUGAUCCUGCACUUGCAUUCAAGGGUGGUGGACCGUAUGGGAAAGAGGUGACAAGAGGACAAGAUCUCUCUGGGAAGGAUUUUAGUGGCAAGACACUGAUCCAGCAAGACUUCAAAACGUCCAUACUGAGACAAACUAAUUUUAAAGGUGCAAAGUUGAUUGGUGCUAGCUUCUUUGAUGCUGAUUUAACAGGUGCUGAUCUUUCGGAUGCUGAUCUUAGGAGUGCAGAUUUUUCCCUGGCAAAUGUGACAAAGGCAAAUUUAAGCAAUGCUAACUUGGAAGGUGCACUUGCAACAGGAAAUACAUCUUUUAGGGGAUCAAAUAUUACAGGCGCUGAUUUCACGGAUGUGCCACUAAGAGAUGAUCAACGUGAAUAUCUCUGCAAAGUUGCUGAUGGAGUGAACCCAACAACUGGAAAUGCUACGCGUGAUACAUUGCUGUGCAAUUAGUAUUCCAUUGCCGAAGAGUGUAUAUUCUUAUAUUGAAUCGGAGACUAGACAGAGAUGCUGCAUAUCAAGCUGUAACAUUUGAAUUUAUUAAGUAAACUCAUUUGCAUUAAAUUGCUUUAUAACAUAUAUUGUAUAUCAUGUCAAACAUAAUUCUCAUUGCACUAUCGAAGAAAAGGAAAUACUUUGUUGCACGUGUGUCAUACAACAUUCUUUGAUUU